AUGGGUGCUCAGUAUUUAUCAUUCCACUGCACCUACACCAUCCCGGUCGCAGCCCUACUAACUAUAUUCUACUACCCGUUCUUUACGAGGAGAGACAUCUGCAAGAUCACAUUUCUGGAUAUUCUAGUGGUAACAGCAACAAUACCAUGGGACUCCAACCUGAUCCGCCACGGGAUCUGGUCCUACCCCCCGGACGCUACUUUCAACCGAUCCCUCUACAACAUCCCGCUGGAGGAAGUCGCCUUCUUCGUCCUGCAGACCUCCAUCACGGGGCUGAUGUACUGCACCUGCUCCAAGGUGCUGGUGCUGCCCAUGUACCUGCCCGUGCGGCCGGUGCGGCGGACACGGAAUCUGGGGGGACUGGGGCUGGUCGGGUUGUUUGCUAUCGGGAUGAUUUGCUUUGAUGCUGGUCUCCCCGUUCAUCAUCGCAGCGCCAUGGCCGCGGGGGUGUGGUUGAUUGCACCCGCAAUGCAACUGGGGGUUCAUGUUGUCGCGCUGGAGAUUGAGGAAAUGCUUUUCUUCCCCGUGACGAACGUGAUGAUCGUAUUUGGCCUGAUUGGGUUCGACUACGCCUGUGCGAUGGCCGAGUACACCACCAUCUGCACGGGUGUUGCGCCUGGCACGACGCGCGAUGCGGUGAAGGACGUCCUGCAGGCGAUGAUCCACCCCCCGGCCAUUCAAGCGUCAGUUAUCACCAACCUCCAGCAGGCAGUCGCACGGCUGCACGAGAAGAGCCAGAGUAUGUUCGUGGGGAGUGCGCUGUUCCAGGGUUCGGUGCGGGUGGAUUUGAUCUAUGUAUACUCAUUCUGCCGCGUGAUUGACGAUCUCAUCGACGAUGCCUAA